GGCAAGGAAUUGAAAGAGCAGAGUUCUAGGUAUCACAUCCACUUCCGUUUAUUAUUCAAUUUGUCACGGAUUGUCACACUCUCCGUCAUAGUUGGGAUGCCCAACGCCACCUCUGCAUGAGCGGUGGAGAGGCUGGGAUCUGGCUUGCAUUGAUUGAUAAAGAUGUGAAAAUGGCGGAGUUACAAAUGCUUUUGGAAGAGGAGAUUCCAGCUGGACGUAGUGCAUUAUUAGAUAGUUUUACUAAUUUGGAAAGAGUUGCCGAGUAUUGCGAAAGCAACUAUGUUCAGUCACCAGAUAAGCACAGAGCGUUGGAGGAGACUAAGAACUACACCACCCAGUCCCUGGCCAGCGUAGCCUACCUGAUCAACACAUUGGCCAACAAUGUCCUGCAGAUGCUUGACAUUCAGGCCUCCCAGCUACGCCGCAUGGAGUCCUCCAUCAACCACAUCUCACAGACAGUGGACAUCCACAAAGAGAAAGUGGCCAGGCGGGAGAUUGGCAUCCUGACCACCAAUAAGAACACCUCUCGCACACAUAAGAUCAUUGCUCCGGCCAAUCCAGAGAGGCCGGUGCGCUACAUCCGCAAGCCAAUCGACUACAGCCUGCUGGAUGACAUGGGCCACGGAGUCAAGUGGUUGCUAAGGUUUAAGGCCAGUGCUCAGAACGUGAAGGCCGGAGCCGCAGGUCUCCCUCGCACCAACCCACCUACACAGAAGCCACCCAGCCCACCCAUGUCAGGGAAGGGAACCAUUGGGCGCCACUCCCCCUAUAGGACGCUCGAGCCGGUGCGUCCUCCCGUUGUCCCUAACGACUACGUCUCGAGCCCGACGCGCCAUGGCAACAUGGCGCCCCCACAGCAGAGCCCUGCACGCACUGCAUCUGUUAAUCAGAGGAACCGCACGUACAGCAGUGGCAGCAGUGGAGGCAGCCACCCCAGCAGCAGCAGCCGCAGCAGCAGCAGAGAGAACAGCGGCAGCGGCUCUGUGGGCUUGCCUAUCGCCGUGCCAACGCCUGGCCCGCCCCCCACAGCAUUCCCAGGUGCCCCCCAGUUCUUCAGCAUGAACCGACCGGUGCAACCACAGAACCCUCCUGCGGUGGGGGGGUCUCUGCCGUACCGCCGGCCCGCGUCAGUGACGGGCCAGCCCAACUCCAACAUGCCCCUGGCCCUGGCCCUGAACCAGCCCAAUGGAGGACCCCACUUCAACCAGGUCCCAGGUCCUCUUGUUGCCCCCCCUCCCCCCUCCAUGCAGAUCACUCCCCAGCUCCCUCUGAUGGGCUUUGUGGCUCGGGUACAAGAGACCAUGUCAACGUGCCCCCCUCCCCCGCCCCCCGUAGAAGAGGCUGUGUUUGAGGAACCCACCCCGCCCCCUCCGCCUCCAGAGGACUAUGAGGAUGAUGAGGAGGAGGAGGAGGAAGAGUCGGCCGUGGUGGAGUACAGUGACCCCUACGCAGAGGAGGACCCCCCGUGGGCCCCACGCAUCUACAUGGAGAAAGUGGUGGCGAUCUACGACUACGCGGCGGACAAGGAGGACGAGCUGUCCUUCAACGAGGGCGCCAUCAUCUACGUCAUCAAGAAGAACGACGACGGCUGGUACGAAGGAACGAUGAGCGGCACCACCGGCCUCUUCCCCGGGAACUACGUCGAGUCCAUCAUGCACUACGCCGACUGAAGAGGAGAGGUAUAGGAAGGUCAAAGACUUUGUUAGACAGAGCAUGAUCACACUGUGGAAGUCGAAGAGCGUUCAUGAAGAGUAUACAACCAUCCUCAACCGGUUUACCAGAUGAAGUACAUUGUACAACGGCCACUUGUAGAUAUUCCCUGUUUUUGAAUAAUAUGAGGAGACUGUAUGGUGUUGGUUUUUUGUAUGUACUAUUAGGGCUUCAUUUUGUCUUUAUGAUUAUUAUAAGGAAGGCCACAAGGAUGAUAGUGUUUUUUUUUCUCUUAUUUUGCCCAUUUGCCCUUAUUUUAAACCGUUUUAUUUAUUUGGACCUUGUAUUAUAUAGGGAGGGUGGGAUGGUAUGGUAGGUAGCGCUGCUGAUUAAGGAUAGAAAUAGAUCAACCUGAUAAAGGUCUCUACUCUCAGCCCAAGAGAAGAGGCUAAAUGAGAAUACUUUUUCCAAUAGUUUCUCUCCUGACACCCCCAGAGCCUUUCUAGACUCACACAUUUUCUUUUUUUUAAACCAGAAGGAGCUCCUAUUGGUUAGUGUGAUGGGGAGAUGGACUGUUGCGCUUGAACUUUUUAUACAAUGUCACGUUUGGAGACAUAACAAAGCUGACAGUCACUGGCAAGACAAGCACAUACUGUAUGUUUGCAUUUGACAAAAUACAGACGAUAAAAGCUAGAUAUUACAGUGGCAGGUAAGACUGGGGGUAAAAAAAGACACUAUGAAACAGAUGUAAUUUUAGCUCACCUGAACACACAUUUUGAAACUCCCUUCAGUUUGGAUUCAGUGGUUAAUGAAUUGGUUCUGGCCCCAGGCUAGCUAGGGCAGCUUAGAACACUAGGGCUUGGAGCAUGCUCAGUCACUACUUCACUUGCCUCACUUCACAGGCCACUUCUAGUAUCAGGAUAGAUAGAGCAGUGUUUCUGGGAUGUUGCCGACACUGAUUUGGUCAGUUCUAGUUUCAAUUGAAGUGAUCUAAGGAAAGACGUUGGCUUCCCUGGCACAAAACAAGUUUGAGAAACACUGAGAUAGAUGGAGUUGUCUGUCCAAAGUAGAAAGAGGAGAGGAGGAAGGGAAACUCAAAUUGCAAAAUUACUGAUAGGUUGAAGUCACUGCCUCACCUCCUUGUAAUCAAGACCGAGAGGAGAUUGACUUUGCCUGUCUUGGCAGAGCAGAAGGAAUAUCUGCAGCCUCUAUUAGGCAGAUAAAUACUCUGGCCACUCAUUUGCAGUGUUAAUUUGUAUCAACUAUUUCAGUAUUUGACGCUUAUUUGUUCCUCUUCUAGUGGGUCUUCACCAAAGGGUGGCAGACUGCAUGUUUUUGAAAAAUGAUUCAUUUGUCUCCUUUUCUGCUAUAUUGAUUAUUCCUGUCUUAAUAUUUUAGGUAUGGUGUGGUUAUUGGUUUGGUUUUAAAUAUUCACCUAUAUUACCAUCGUUGACAGGUGGGGUUUCAUGAUGCAUUUAUAGGAGGUGAUAAAGGAAGCUUGUGCCAUAUUGAAGUGUGUGUGUGUAGGUGUUUAAGGUAUCACUUCCAUUUGCAAUAAAAAUAGCCAGUGGGAUGGGUUUGAAAAUGUAGAUCUUUGAGUUGUUUGGGAUUGAAAGCACAUACAUUUGUAGUACGAUAGUGAAUUGUUACUGAAAUAAAAUGAUAUAAAUAAAAAUAAGCUGUAUUACUGCCUCAGAUGAGGACUAAUAUUAAAAUGAGCAUAAAAGCCAGCCAUUGGUUGUAGAAAUUAACCAACAAACCGUAACCGGCACCAAAACCUUUCAAUGACCUAAUGGUUUCAUCAUGCUGAAACUGAUGCAUUGAGUGUUUCUAUAGUCUAUAUAAUGAGGUACAAGUAUUCUAUUUCUAAUGUGCUUAGCCGUGUCUGAGCGUGUAAGUCAAAUCCUUUAUUUUUUAUUAAAAGUGGGUCUGUUCUUGAGUCUUGCAUGCCAUUGUUCUUAAUACUGUAGUGGUGUCUGAAACCCAGUUGGCCCUUCACAAGGCAGCCCCAGAACUGGACCCUAGGGGCACGGUCAGCAGAGCACAACAUUUUGGAAUGUUCAGAUAUGUUAUGUAGAAUAAACAUGCCUCUGACAUGUAGCAUAAGGACUCAUGUCAGCUCUAUUCAGGACAUUUCUAUCUGCAAUGUUCCACAACGCUGUGCAAUGCUAAAUACAGCCCCAGGUACUACUAAACCAGCCUCAUCCAAAGACUAAAGUGUAAGCUAAAUCGAUGUCAACUUUGAUCCCAACGUCUGAAGAUCAAUAAAGUUAUGGGUUUUGGGAUUCGACUACUCCAGGAGGAGCCAUUCAUUUAAUGUGUAAAUGGAGAAUAUAUAAUUAAGUGUGUAAGAACAAGUGUUCUAUUCCCUCAGCCCACAACAUCUCUGGAUGUCAAGUAAAACAGUCCAUAAUGCCAUUGUGUUGCACAGUAAAAAAGUUUAACUUUAGAAAUAAAUAUGAUAUUUGUUAAAUCAUGAGAAGAAACCAAUAAAACGAUUAAGAUUUA